GUUGGCAUUUGUUAGCAAAAAAAAGUGACUUUGAUCCUUUGAUAUCCUUUGAUCCUCAUGGAGAUCCUAAUAGGCAUAGUCCUUAGCCUGAUUUGUGUUUUCAAAGCUUCUGCUUUUGAUGACAGUCCCUCUCAAGGUGAUGUUUUGGUGCGGAAAGCUAGAUGGUUGCCUUUGAUUUAUCCUCGAGCCAAUCCUACCAGGUUGCAGAUGAUUGGUGGCUUUGGUAUCCCUGUGGAAGAUCUUAAAGUCGAAGCUGUGGUCACUGGUUAUGUCCUGAAAGCUCAAUACUAUUUACCCUACUCUGUCAAGCAGUUAAGGACCAAGAAUGUCCACGAUAUUAACGAGGGAAGACUACUAGGAAAUACCACAACUUUCGAGAGAAUCUUACAAAAGUCCAAAGAUAAAUUUGACUUUAAUCCUAGUCUAUGGCAGGAGGAUGUCCAGGCCCUGGGUAGCUAUCGAUGGUCAGUCUAUGAGGCUUUCACUGCCCUGGCCAUUCGCAUGAAGCUCAAUGGAAGGUCCUGUGUCCUGAAGAGUAUUUGUGAAAGUGCCUCAGCUCCUUUUGAUGAUCGCAAUGGCUUGUUGGGUGAAAUACUGCACAUUUUGCUAACUCCUUCUAGUUCAGUGGAUCCUUUUGCGGAGCAUUCGGACAAUGAUUACCUUCAGGCUGAACAUUUUGGAGUGGCUGGUAGUGACUGUGAUCAGGUCUAUCCACAGUGUCCUAAAUCAUUGUUGGAGCACUUUAGUGAUGUCCACCAUUUGGGCAGCGAGUUCUUGAAUAUGUUGGGCUAA